UUCAUUUGUUUUAACUAUUGUAUUUUGUUUGAAUGUUGCGAAUUACUUUGAAAAUAGUAGUCCAAAUAAUACAAAAUAACUCGUUAAUUUUAAUAAAAUUUCAUUCGAUUAAUAGUGUGUUAUAAUGGCAAGUAAUUUGAAGUCAUGUAGAAUUUGUUUAAUUGAAAAUUGUGUGGGUGGAAAAUCGUUCGAUGAAGAUGUAAACUUGUUGCAGUUGUUUGAAUUUUGUAGUGGUCUUCAUAUUGGAAAAAGUUCACCCAGAUUAUUAUGUGAAAUAUGUCAAGAGGAAUUGCAUAGGUUUGCGAAAUUCAAGAAAAAAUGUACAGAAUCAGAAUUAUUUUGGGAAUCAUUAAAAAACUGUGAUACAAUAAAAAAUGAAGAUCAAAGCAAUAUCAUUAAAAAAGAAAAGAAUUUGGUUGAUGAAUAUGGUUUGAAUAUAGAAUCUGUUAUUUAUGAAUCAUUGUGUGACAAUGGAAAUGCAUCUGACGUAGAUAAAAAUUAUGCUGAGUCCCCUACAGAUUAUAAACACUUGGAAGAUUCUUUAGCUAAAAAUAAAUUUCGUGAAAAACCUUUGGGAAAACUAAAAACCAAAAAGAAAACUGUAUUAAAAACAGUGACGGUAAGGGACAUUCAAGAAAGAAAUACAUGCUGUGGUUUGUGUAAUAUUUCUUGUUCAAAUACCGAAGUUUUAAAUAAUCAUUUAAGUGAACACUUGGCACAAGGCAAUUUGAAAUGUCAAAUAUGUGAUUAUAUAGGGCAGGACUUUGCUGAUCUGGUGACACAUAGGUAUAAACAUGAGCCCAGUACAAUAUUUUCUUGUUUCCUUUGUAAAGUGAGGAAAGGCAGCCUCCUCUCACUGGAGUUCCAUUUUAGGCACACCCAUUUAAAUAAGGUUGGUGGGUGGUGCGCGGAGUGCGGGAAGUCCUUUGAGAUUUUUAACACUUGGCGUCGACAUAUGCUUGUCCAUAAACCAAAUAAAGAACUGUUAGUGUGCGAUUAUUGUGGAAAAAGGUACAUAUAUAAAUAUCAAAUAGAAGAGCAUAUAAUACACCAUUUGCGGAAAAGUCAAUAUGUUUGCGAAACUUGUGGUAAGGGUUUCCACAAGAAAUUUAACUUAAAGAGCCACCAAAGGAAUAUACACCGUUCAAGCGUGCCCGUAAAAUGUAGCCACUGUCAUAAAACAUACAAAAACCGAGAGAGUUUGGAUGUCCAUUUGAAAGAAGUGAAAAGGGAUAAACCGUAUAUAUGUGAAAUAUGCUCCAAGCGUUUCAGCCUACCCUCAAAUUUGAAAAAUCAUUUAUUCUUCCACACAGGACAAAAACCUUUCGAGUGCGAUGUCUGUGGGCUGAAGUAUAAAACUAAAAGUAGUUUGAAAAGCCAUAAAUUGAAGCAUUUGGGAAUUUAUAAGUUCAAAUGUUCAAAUUGUGUUCGGUGUUUUACGACGUCAGUGCAGCUCAGAAGGCAUUCUACAAUACACACAGGUAUAAGGAAGUUCAAAUGUGCGCAUUGUGAUAAGAGCUUUAACGAAAGGUAUAGAUUGGAAGCGCAUUCUGCCAAACACACAGAGCUACAGCUUAAGACGGAAGGUUUGGGGGCUGAGAAUAAAACUUUUUGAAAAGUA